CCUUCUCUUCCGCCCCCUCCCCCCUCCUUCCCUUCUCUCUCUCUCUCCAAUGAAGAGAAGAGGAAAGAAGGAAAGGAAAAAAAAAUCCUUUUCCCCCCCUCCAUUAAUUCUCCCCACACUUGCCGCAUUUGGUGAUUUUUUUUCCAUUAAUUCUCGCUUCUUUCCAUUCCCGUUCCAUAGAUUCCGCGUGGCGGGCUGCCUUCUUGCUGGAUUUCCGCGUUCGGGAAUGUAACUGAUCCCUGUGAUUCUUUCCUCCCUUUUUAAGAUCGAAGUUUUCGGAGAAGGAACCACAGAUUUCUCCCAAUUUUAUAUAAAUAGUCGGGUUAAAGCGAGUACUUUGGGUUUGAUUCGGUGUAAUUAGUUCAAGGGAGAGGAAUUCGAAGCCAGUGGGGGCGUGGAGGAGAAUUGGGGGAAUCAUGGCGGCGAAGGCAGCGGGAAAUCAGACGGUGCCACUGGCGGUGCUGCUGAAGAGGGAAUUGACAAGUGAGAAGAUUGAUAAGCCCGACGUCUUGCAUGGGCAAGCGAGCCAGAGCAAGAAAGGGGAGGACUUCACCCUGCUCAAGUUGGACUGCCAGCGCAUUCCCGGCGACGGCGUCACCACCUUCUCGGUCUUCGCUCUAUUUGAUGGGCACAACGGGUCUGCAGCUGCUAUAUAUGCUAAGGAAAAUCUCUUAAAUAAUAUUUUAUGUGCCAUCCCAUCAGAUCUUAGCAGAGAUGAAUGGCUAGCAGCGCUACCAAGAGCUUUGGUUGCAGGGUUUGUUAAAACAGAUAAAGAUUUUCAAACUAGAGCACGUACCUCGGGAACAACUGUGACAUUUGUGAUAAUAGAUGGAUGGGUUGUAACUGUAGCAUCAGUUGGUGAUUCACGUUGCAUACUUGAAUCUGCUGAAGGUUCAGUUUAUUACUUGUCUGCAGAUCAUAGGCUAGAAGCCAAUGAAGAAGAGGUGGAACGUAUAACAGCGAGUGGAGGUGAGGUCGGGAGACUGAAUGUUGUUGGUGGUGCAGAGAUUGGCCCUCUCAGGUGUUGGCCAGGUGGCUUGUGUCUAUCAAGAUCAAUUGGAGAUAUGGAUGUUGGUGAAUUUAUUGUUCCUGUUCCUCACGUCAAGCAAGUAAAGCUAUCCAAUGCUGGUGGUCGCUUAAUCAUCUCAAGUGAUGGUGUAUGGGAUGCUUUGACUUGUGAAGAAGCUCUUAAUUGCUCCCGUGGCCUGCCAGCAGAUGUUGCAGCAAAUCAGAUUGUUAAAGAAGCUGUACAAGUCAAAGGACUAAGAGAUGAUACUACCUGCAUUGUAGUUGAUAUAUUACCUCCAGAGAAGGUAACUCCUACUGAUCCUUCACAAAAGAGGCAAGGGAUGGGGGUGUUCAAGAAUAUGUUUCGGAGAAGGUCUUGUGAAUCAACAUCUCAUUCAGAUAGAGGCUAUUCUCAGCCAGAUGUGGUGGAAGAAAUAUUUGAGGAGGGAUCUGCAAUGCUUGCUAAAAGGUUAGAUGCAGAGUAUCCAAUACGCAACAUGUUCAAGCUUUUCAUAUGUGCAGUUUGCCAGGUAGAGAUGAAACCAAAUGAGGGCAUUUCUGUACAUGCUGGUUUGUCACAACAUGGAAAAUUGCGUCCUUGGGAUGGUCCAUUCCUUUGCCAAAGUUGCCAAGGAAAAAAAGAAGCAAUGGAAGGAAAAAGGCCUUCAAGAGAUUCCUCUUCUAGAAGGAGUACUGGAAGUGAGUAGUGGCUGACAUUGGUGGUGUUAGUGAUAGUAUACUUAUAUCAUGGCUCGAGCAUUGGUGGCAGAACUGAUGGAACAAAAACAUUUGAAGGUCUCCAGAUACUUCUUCUUCCUCCUGUAAAAUUGUAUGAUCAUCAAGUUCUGAAAUAACAUGAAAAUUCUGGAGUAGCACAAGGCAUUUCGUUGGAUAUUUUUACUAACAUUCAGUUUCGAGGUGAGAGGUGAAAAUUAGCACUCAUUAGUUGCAAAGCUGCUUUGUUGGGCAGGCAAUGUGCUGAUUUUUCAUUUGGAGACAUCGGGGCACUGAUAAGUUCAAUGCUGCAGUGUCUGGCUGAUGAAGGACCUGAGAUAACUCAAUUCUUUUCUAGGUUCAUUGCCUUGUAAAUGAAUCAUUUUAUAGAGACAAAACUGAUGACAGUCUACAGUGUACUGCCAAUGGGGAUGGUGGAGUUUAAUAUUUUUUCCAAAAAAAACACUUGUGGGUCCACCUUUCUUGCUAAGUGAUUCAUCUCGUACAUGAAACUCCUGAUUUACUUGUUACUAGAUUGAUAGAAAUUUUUAAGCUUGCCUUUCGAGGGCAUUGUACUUUAAUCCUCGAGUCAAAUAUCAUGAAAUGAUUUUCUAAGAAGUUUUUUA